AGACUGUAUUACGAAACAUUUUCCCGGAUUGUCUUGUUGUCAUAGUAAAGCUCAUAUAGUAUGAUACAACUAAAAAAAAAAAACAGCAGUUGACAACCAAGGCACAAGGACCUCGCGGAGUUGUUACUCCGCCAGCCAAUCACAGAAGCAAAAAAAAUCGUAAUCAUGCGACCAUUUCAAAAUGGCGUCGCACUUGAUACCUUCGGAGCGUUUGCUGUUCUUUAAAGCCUUUUCAUUGGCGAAAGCGAUGAGGUGUGCAACAGACAUGGACAAAGUUUGUGGAGUCUGUGUGUGUGGAGUCUGAGCAUUUCACUCUUCAAAAGUCUGCGGUGCAGUUCAUUUCACUGCUGCACCUGUUUUACUCAUGAAACUUCACUGCCAACUGAAGCGGAAAAAGAAAAAAAAAACUGUAUCCGAUUAUAUAUAGUUACAUUGUUAAACGACCUUUGAGGUUUCGCAGGAGUGCUCGAAAACGACCCGUUGAAUGUGCUAUUACAGUUUCAGUUAAAGCGCGCGUGCUCUCUCUCUCUCACAAACACACACACCUCGCCCGGGAUCUGUGGUAGUUCUGCAGAAACAUACGGUACUCCCUGCAAUGACGGUCUCUCGAACAGACCGAGAACAGCCGGUGGCACCUGACCAUGUACCUGCCGCACGAGGACGACCGGGUGGACCGCGGCUUCGAGCUGCGCAACGCCCUGCGCUCGGUGCACUACGCAGUCAUGGGUUCAUUCGGCUUCGUCGAGCCCGGCCGCGCCGAGGUGUCCAGCCCGCUGUACAACCGGCCGCCGGUCGGCGAAAACCGUUCGCCCAUCAACAGCGUCCACGAGCUGGUCGUCCUGCUUCUGGAUCGGGGAGCGCCCAGGAACAAGCUGCUCCUGGCCGUGUCCGCGUCCGGCUACAGCUACGCGCUCGCGAGGGCUGACACUGACGUGCGAGCCCCUCUACGCGGCGGUGAUGGCCGUGGCCAGGCCGGGCCGUUCUCGUCGACGCCUGGCCGACUGGCCUACUUCGAGAUCUGCUACAACGUGUAUCGAAACAGCUGGGCACGUGUGUUCGACGCGGCCACGUCCUGCCCGUAUGCCUACCGUGGCCAGGAGUGGGUCACCUACGACGACGCUGACUCGGUCAGGGCAAAGGUGGCCUUUCUGCGCAACCAGACGCUGGGCGGCGCGGCGCUCGUGGACGUGGCAGCCGAUGACUACAUGGGCAUGUGCGGGCCCCGCAACGUGCUGGCGCGCACUCUACGUUCGGUGCUCAAGCACUACUCGCCACCAGUGGCACAGAACCCGUCGUCCCACACAAAGAAGGCGGCAACGGCGCAGCACCAGAAACACUACCCACACAUCGCCCGGCAAAUGUUCAGGCACAAGCGACGUUUCGGCUAGACAGCAACCCUCCAUCACAUGCCGGUGUGAGCACGUGUUGUAUGUCACCCCUCCCCGUCCCAUCAGUGUCCUGCCAUCAACAUUGUCGUGACACCAUCAUCCCGGUUCACUUGUGCUCUCUCAUUUCCUUUUUCCUCUGUUCCUUUCAUUUUCUCUUUGAAAUAAAAGGUUUUGUCACCAA